CGCCGGCUCCGCCAUAUUGCAGUGAGUUGCCAAAAUGACGAACACAAAAGGAAAAAGGAGGGGGACACGAUACAUGUUUUCUAGGCCCUUUCGAAAACAUGGUGUUGUCCCUCUUGCUACGUAUAUGCGAAUAUACAAGAAAGGUGAUAUUGUAGAUAUCAAGGGUAUGGGCACGGUUCAGCAAGGAAUGCCCCACAAAUGUUACCAUGGCAAGACUGGACGGGUCUAUAAUGUUACUCAACAUGCUGUAGGCAUUGUUGUAAACAAACAGGUUAAGGGCAAGAUUCUAGCCAAGAGAAUUAAUGUGCGUAUUGAGCAUAUUAAGCAUUCCAAGAGCAGAGAUAGCUUCCUGAAGCGGGUAAAGGAAAAUGAUCAGAAGAAGAAGGAAGCCAAAGAAAAAGGCACUUGGGUUCAACUGAAGCGCCAGCCUGCUCCACCCAGAGAAGCGCACUUUGUGAGAACCAACGGCAAGGAACCUGAGCUGUUGGAACCAAUCCCCUACGAAUUCAUGGCAUAAAUGGCUGUAAAAUAAAAACAAUAAAAAAUUCUUGGGUUAUGGAA